AGUGCCUAACCGUAUCUCAGUUUAGACGACCUUGACCUCUGUCAAAAUGGCGAGUGCGACCGGGGAAAAUUUUUUCGAAGGAACCGAGAAAUUAUUGGAAGUGUGGUUCACUUCGUCGAAAGAAGAAAACAAACCGGAUUUGAGAACUAUCGAUAGGUCAGAAUGGGAGAAGUUGUUGAAGUUAGUUCAGUGUGAGAUUAUCAGCUGUACACAAAACGAAGACAUGGAUUCAUACGUUCUCAGCGAGAGUAGCAUGUUUGUCACAGAGCGGAGAUUUAUUCUGAAAACUUGUGGAACCACGACACUGCUGCUUGCUAUUGAACCACUGCUGGAACUUGUCAAAGAGAAAUGUGGAUUUGACAAUGUCGCAGAUAUUUUCUACUCCCGUAAGAACUUUAUGCAGCCAGACAAACAACAUGGGAUACAUCGUACCUUCGAAAAUGAAGUGGAACAUCUGGAUACCCUUUUCAAAAAUGGAGCCGCAUAUACCCUGGGUCGUAUCAACGGAGAUUGCUGGUAUCUGUAUACAUUAGAUGAGGUGGGCGUGUCCCAGCCAGACCAGACUGUUGAAUUGCUUAUGUGGGAUCUCUGUCCAGAGAAGAUGGCAGUUUUCACAAAGGAAACCUGCACUGAUGGGAAAGAUGCAAGGGAGAAAUCAGGCAUUGACAAGAUCAUACCAGGGGCCAAGAUUGAUGACUUCCUGUUUGAACCGUGUGGUUACUCCAUGAAUGGUCUGCUGCCAGAUGGCCAAUACAUUACUAUCCAUGUGACUCCAGAACCUAACUGCUCCUAUGUCAGCUUUGAGAGCAAUGCUCCACAGGAGUCAUACACAGGGCUAAUUAACAAGGUAUUGGACACAUUUAAGCCAGGCAAGGUUCUCAUGACCAUAUUUGCCAACAAGGAGUCUACAGCCAAGGACUGCCACAAGGACAUUGACACGUUCCUGGACCAGACCCAUUACAAUCGUAUCGACCAUCAGUUCUGUACCUUCAAGAACUACAACCUCACCUACACCUACUUCACCAGCCGUCCCGUUAUCUAGGGGUGUUUUAGCAGAGGUGUUCCUAUCAGUUGUCAUAGCAACAGGUCAAAUGUCAAGGUCAUCUUUUCAGAUGAUGGUAUUUCUACUAAAUCUGAAACAGUGAACUCUUAUUCAAAAGAAGCAGAUUGUUUUCAUGACCUUCAGACUUUCCCAAGGUCAUUAAGCAGAAGAAUGACCUUGACCCUUGACCUUUGUAAUCAGUGCACUGAUAGGCCCUCUGUUAGAUACUUUAGCAGUUACUUUUUCCCUUAUAUAUUCUUACUUAAAUUAGCUUUGGGAUCAGGUUUUCACUUCUCUGUCACAGUAGAUGUUGUUUUCAUCUGGAAAUCUGUUAAAAUGAGGAGGAAGUUUAGGUUUUCAUCUUCUUCAAUGACCAGAAAAGUGAGAUAAUUGGAUAUUUAUUAAUUAUAUUUUUGAAGACAUAAUAAUAUUUUUGUUAUCCACUGCCUUUUGUUUGAAUUUUUAUACAGAUAUUUAUUGUCAGCUGUUAGAAUAUUGAAGUUCGAUAUUUAAAUGCAUUUGUUUAAUUAAGUUUGGAUAAGAGGCAUUGUAUGAAACGUUUAUUGAAUAUGAAAACAAUUGUAACUGAGAGAGAUUUUAAGAUACAAAGUAUUAGAUAUUUUAUAAGUGAUCUAUUUUUCCACAAGAUAUCUUUUACUUUUGGUACCAUAUAAGAUGCUUAUGCAUAGACAUGCAGAUUGUUAUUAAGGUGAUCCCACCUGGAAGGUGUAGCGCAAAUUCUGAAAAUUUUGUAAAUGUUUUCUCUUACAGUGCCUCUUUUUCUGAUCGUGAAUUUAGCUCUUAAAGGGCUUCUAUUGUGCAGCUUAUUUUUGAAGCAAUUUGAAGUUGGAAUCAAUCCUAAUUGUCCGUAAUUUUCCGUACAACAUAUACUUCACUACAUUAAUAAUGCAAGCUUUUAUCUUAAUGCUAUAGUUUGAAAAGAGAUGCUGUGGAGUUGCAUGACUCGGUGUGUUUAAGAUACAUUUUUCCAUCUCGAUUGUAAAUAAGAAAAUCUGUUGUGAACUAGGUUAUAAUGAAAGAAAUGAGUCAUGGCUAACAGUGGAAGUUUAAAAAUUCAGUAACACAUAAUGAAUUCUGUUAUAAGAAGCUUGCGUUUUAAUGUAGUUGGGUCUGUGCAAAUUUGUUACAGUAUUUAAAAUGAACUUUUAAUUACAAAUUUACAUAUAUGGCUUCUGCACUUGAUUGAAUAAUGAAUUAAGAAAUUUGAAUCGUCCAUGAAUAUGCAGUACUAGUAUACCUUUCUUUAAAUCCAUUUUAUAACUGCCUUUGUUUUAAAGGGCUGCUGUGCUUAGUGACUUUUCCGGUCAAAUCAAGUAUUUGAAUCAUUUAAAGUAUACAGUUUGAAAGACCUUUUUUUUAGCUCACCUGUCACAUAGUGACCAGGUGAGCUUUUGUGAUCACCCUUCGUCCGUCGUCCAUCGUCAGUCCGUGCGUCAAAAAUUUCUUGUCUGCACGAUAGUGGUUUCAUUUAUGAUUUUAUUUUAACCAAACUUGCACACAACUUGUAUCACCAUAAGAUCACGGUUCCUUUCUUGAACUGGCCAGAUCCCAUUAUGGGUUCUAGAGUUAUGGCCCCUGAAAGGGCCAAAAUUAGCUAUUUUGACCUUGUCUGCUCAAAAGCAGCUUUAUUUAUGAUUUGAUUUUUACCAAACUAGCAUACAACUUGUAUCACCAUAAGAUCUCGGUUCCUUUCUUGAACUGGCCAGAUUCCAUUAUGGGUUCCAGAGUUAUGGCCCCUGAAAGGGCCAAAAUUAGCUAUUUUGACAUUGUCUGCACAAUAUCAGCUUCAUUUAUGAUUUGAAUUUAACCAAACUUGCACACAACUUGUAUCACCAUAAGAUCUUGGUUCCUUUCUUGAACUGGCCAGAUUCCAUUAUGGGUUCCAGAGUUAUGGCCCCUGAAAGGGCCAGAAUUAGCUAUUUUGACAUUGUCUGCACAAUAGCAGCUUCAUUUAUGAUUUGAAUUUAAUCAAACUUGCACAAAACUUGUGUCCCCAUAAGAUCUCGGUUCUUUUCUUGAACCGGCCAGAUCCCUUAAUGGGUUCCAGACUUAUGGUCCCUGAAAGGGCCAAAAUUAGCUAUUUUGACCUUGUCUGCACAAUAGCAGCUUCAUUUAUGAGUUGAUUUUAACCAAACUUGCACACAACUUGUAUCACCACAAGAUCUUGCUUCCUUUGUUGAACUGGCCAGAUUCCAUCAUGGGUUCCAGAGUUAUGGCCCCUUAAAGGUCCAAAAUUGGCUAUUUUGGCUUUUGCAGCCAUAUAGAGACUUCAUUUAUGGUUUUAUCUGAUACAAACUUCCAAAAUAUCUUCAACAACAAUCAAUCUUGGAUUCCAUGACAAAUCAGAUCCAAUCGUAGGUUCCAGAGUUAUUUUAUAUCUGAUUACCUCCCCUGAUUGUAAUCAAAAUGGAUUUAUAUCAGUAAGUACUUAUAGGACUUAUUUGAAAUUUCAUUAUUGUUAUGAGUUGGACUGAGACAAUCAGGGCAGAUAACUAUGGACUGAUUUUAUGUCAAAUUACCUCCCUUUAUUUCAAAUUAAAACGGGUAUAUCUCGUAACUAAUGCAGAUACUGAUCUGAAAUUUCAUUUAUGUCAGCAGAUUUAUUUGGCAGAUCCUUCUUUUGUUCAAUUACAAUAUAUAUUUUUUUUAUUCCUUCCCUUUUACGUUACCUUAAAUAGCUUAUUUUUAGUAACUUUUUUAUUAUUGGCCGUAGGGAAAAACCGAGACCACUUUUCUGUGGUACAACAUGGAUGAUACCUCCAAUUUUUAGGUGUAUUUUGACAUAUCUAUACCUGGUAAGAAUUUUUAUUUUCUUUUUGGUUAAAUUUCUUCCCUUUGUUGUUCCUGUCCUUUGGACUGAGAUAUCUUUUCUGAGGACCUUCUUGUCCUCAAGUGCAAUGAUAACAGGUGAGCGAUAUAGGGCCAUCAUGGCCCUCUUGUCCUGAAAUUGGGGAAAAUGCAGUAGCAUUUAUAGUUUGGAAGUAGUAAUAUGAGCCGUGCCAUGGGAAAACCAACAUAGUGGGUGUGCGACCAGCAUGGAUCCAGACCAGCCUGCGCAUCCGCGCAGUCUGGUCAGGAUCCAUGCUGUUCGCUUUUAAAGCCUAUUGGAAUUGGAGAAACUGUUAGCGAACAGCAUGGAUCCUGACCAGACUGCGCGGAUGCGCAGGCUGGUCUGGAUCCAUGCUGGUCGCACACCCACUAUGUUGGUUUUCUCAUGGCACGGCUCAUAUAAUGUUUGUCAAAUUGGGAAUUCCAAUUCUGCUGUAGUGCUAGUUAUUCUCCAGACAACAAUCUUUCUAGUCGACAGCAAAUAUCUGUUUUGGUCUUUCCUUAAAUUUCCUUUACAUUUGUAUUUUACUGGUACCGUUUAUCAAAUUAGCUUUCAAGUCCAUUAUCACUAGCUGAAAGACAUACAAGAUGUUAAAUUUGUCAUUUUGGGAAUUGGAAAGGUUCUCCGAAAGCUUUAAGCAUUUAAAUUACUAUAAUUGUAACUUAUAUUUUCUGGUAUUAUGUUAAAAUGUCUUUGAGUAACGUCAAAGUUCUUGUGAUCACUUCAGAUGAACUUAUAUCUACAUAUUUUAUAAGAUAUUUGUAUGUUUGUAGGAAGCUAAUUUUGUGGCUUCCACUGGUAAUUUUAUAUAUAACGUGACAUAUUUGCGGAAAGAAAUGAAUUUUUAACACCAGUCCUUUAACUGGUGCAAUGUCUGCUGUGCACUUUCUGUGAAGAUUACUUUUAAGUUUAAUAUUUUUGCUUAGAAAGAUCAGCCUUGUGUAUUAAGUUCAUUUCAGAAUGUGUAAUAACAAACAAUAAAAACUGAAAAUGUUCUUUUGGUGAAUCUGUUGAUAGUUAUUGAGUUCCAUCACCAUUAGUCUCUGAUCAUUUUUAUUUUACCUUCCUUUAUAAGAUAUAUGUUUAGUCUUUGAACACUGAGUUUUUAAGGUUGUUGCAAGUAACUACUAAACAUACGUAUUUUACGUAAUUUCUAUAGUAUAUAUCCACUUGGUAAAAGUAAGUGUAUUAUAUUUACUAGGGGAAAGCUAAUAAGUGUUCAAAAUUGUGUCUCAGUAGUACUUUAAUGUGUCCAGAAAUAUACAACUAACCAGAAUUUAAAAGUUAAGAAUGUUUUAAUUACAUACAGAAGUGGAAACCACUUUGUUUCCAUAGCAACAAAAUAAAAAGGAAGUUUUAGCCUGUAUUUGAUAUUCACUACCGAUUUACAUUUUUUUCUACAUUGUUAAAAGGACUGUCUGCCAGACAAAGACUUUAGUAGAAUGUGUAUCAAGUUUAAUAAAUGGCAAUAAUAACUCUGUUUGAAAGGGCAGAAAUAAUCAGUAAUUUAGGAGUAUGACAGUGACAUAGUCAUUCUCGAAAUUGCCAGCCAAAGGACAUGCUAGUUUAAAAAGAUCUUUUUUUCAAUAAUGAUCGAGUUACAUAACAUGUCUGUUACUAUGGUUUUCAGCUGAAUUGCUCAGUUUGAUUUGUUUGUCUGCCAUGCAAAGGAACUCUUCUUAGCAUGCUCAUUCAGAGAGUUAACUAUUUUAGCGCUUAAGGCACAGAAGUCUUUUAUUAGGAAACAAAACUCAUUGAAUUCAGAGCAGAAUAGUUUAAACUUCUUAUUUUGCAAGAGUGGGCUCAUUUUUGGAAGAAGCAGCUUUCUUUUACAUGUAGAGCUAUACCAACAAGGACUUACUGGAAUGCUUCAUUUUCUUUUGUAAAGUUUAGAUGUUUUUGUUUCUAUUUUGGCAGCUUGUCACCUUUUGGAUCAGCUGAAACAGUACCUUAUAAUGCUUUAUUUUGCUGUUUUGGAUAGAUAUUUAUACUGAAUAGGUCUAUAUUUUCAUGAAAGUUUUAUAUGCAUGAAAUUUCAUGUAUGAACCUACUCACAUACUCAUCUGUCUCACAUAAUGUCUGUCUUAAUAUUGACGGAGAAGGCAAAUGUCGCAAAUAGUGAAUUCAAAAACUCAAAAAAAUCAGAUAUAAAAAAAAAAACAUCUCGCAAAAUAUAAGACUUUUACAGUAUACAAGUUCCUCGGUUAUAUUAAAUGUCAUAAUGUCUCUGCUAUGUCUCUUGAAUGUUAUUUGUUCUGUAUUUACAUAGGUAAAAGAUAUUUAGUCUGUUUUGUUCAGAUACACAUUUAUUCCUUUUGCCCUAAAAAGUAAACUGAAAUAAAUUAGAUAAGGGAA